UACAUCUUUCAUUUCUUGUCCGAAACUCAUAUCAUCAGAUCUUCACAAAUCUCUUUCAUUUCGUUCAUCAACCAUUUCCUUUCUCGCCCCCCCCCUCAACCCAUACACCCCAAUUACAUCUUUCAUUACAUCUUUCAUUUCUUGUCCGAAACUCAUAUCAUCAAAUCUUCACACUAUCUUUUUCAUGGAAGAAACCAAUGAACCCUUCCAUGUACCACAACAAAACAGAAGAAACAAACUUAGGGUCGUCACCGUUGGAACCCACCAAGAAGACCUGGAACAAGCUCUCAUGCAUGGGAAUUUCUCACAAUCUUCCAACAUCAUUCCCCAGGGUUUAUCUUUGUCUCUAUCGUUUCAACACCAGGAUAAUCACAGCAUGAGCUUGGAAGCACAGAGGGACAACGGGAAUCCGAUCUUGGAAGGCCUUUUGAAGCAGAACAAUGUACAGAUGAGAAGCUCAGUUCCACUCGGUCCUUUCACCGGCUAUGCUUCUGUGUUGAAGAGUUCAAGGUUCUUGAAGCCCGCAGGGCAGAUUUUGGAUGAAUUUCUGGGUUUGGAUUAUGGAGUUUCAGACAUUCCAUUGGAGAUCUUAGCUGAAGAUGGGGCUGAUAAUGAUCCAAUAACAUGCAGUGACAAAAUUCAACAUCGUUGGAAGAACUCAAGGCUCAUUUUGCUGCUAGAUGAGGUAUAUAGGAAAUACAAGUUGUAUUGCCAACAAAUGCAAUCUGUUGUUGCAUCGUUCAAGUGCGUUUCCGGACUUGGGAACGCGGCUCCCUAUGUAUGUUUCGCUUUCAAAUCCGUCUCAUCGCAUUUUAGUUGCUUGAAGAAUGCGAUUCUAGACCAAAUCCGGUUCGCUGACAAGGCUGGCGGUGUCGAUAAACGUAAUGUACCAAGCCUUUGGAGAUCUGAUCAAGGGAUCAAUAACCAGAAUUUGAUCCGGAACUCGAUUUUCCUUCAACAUCCGCUUUGGCGAUCGCAGAGAGGACUUCCUGAGCAUGCAGUUGCAGUGCUCAAGACAUGGCUAUUUGAGCAUUUCCUGCAUCCUUAUCCGUCGGAUUCAGAAAAGCUGAUGUUAGCUCAACAAACAGGUCUCUCCAGGACACAGGUUUCAAAUUGGUUCAUCAAUGCAAGAGUUAGACUAUGGAAGCCAAUGGUGGAAGAAGUUCAUAAUCUUGAAUUAAGACAAACUCAGAUUCAGACAGCAUCAUCUAAAGCAACGAGUCAAGAUCCUAAACUGCCGCAUUUCCUUGCAAGACAAGAAAUUCAGAACAUCCAAAUGAAACGGCCGAGGAACAAUGUAUUCUACAAUGAAGAAACCGAGCUGCAAAAGAGUUCAUCAUCUUACAUCUAUCAGAUUCCAAGUAAUCACCGCAAUGUGGGAGUCGUUGGAACCAGCAGUUUCGGUUUAGCAUUGGGUUUGAACCAAAAUAAUGGGGUUGAAUUGGGACAACUUCCAUUGCCAAUGAACUUGUGUCAUUAUUUUAGCUCUGGAAGUGAUGGUGAACUGAGUUUGAAACCUGAUUUUGAUGUUGGAAGACAGUAGCAGAAUUGUUUUGUUAUGUUGUUUUUAUUGCUUUCUAAUCCUUGGACUCGAAACUUCGAAAGAUUUGUUAUGCUAUUC